AAAGACAAAGAAAAUAACGGUUUCGUUUUGGAUAUCAUGCAAAUUAUGUUUGUGUUAGGAAUCAUAAAUGUUAUUGUUGAAUAUAAUAUUUUUUUAAAAUUUCUUACUGUAUUUUAUUUUUAUUAUUCUAUAUUUCAUUCUAUUAGUUAUAAACUGGUUAUAAAUUAUAAUCUUUAUGGAAAAUACUUCGCCGUGGUACUUGAAACUUUAUGUACCAACGAGGGGUGGGGUGGGGGCCAUUAUGCAUCAAGUUUAUGGUGUAACUAUUACGCAAUAUUGUUUCUCUUGUAAUUUUAAACGAUGGAAAAGAAGGAAAUCUCACAAUGGAACUAAAAUGUUGUAAUAAUCAUUAAAAUAAGAUGAAAUAUCGUUACAGAGCUGGUAAUUAAUCAAUAUUGAAAACAAAAUGUCGAAAAUAGUUGGGAGAAUUAUCAAACGUAAAUAUUGACAUGGGAAAGAAACAUAAAAAGGAGCUUGGACGAGCCAUUUUGAAAGAUAGAACUAAAGGAAACAAACCUGAAAGUUGGCUACAUACCAGUGAAUUACCCGAACAUGAGAAAUUAAAUACAAAAUCUGUGACAGAGGAAAGUGCAUUGGACGAGUUUCUGGCAACAGCAGAAUUAGCUGGGACAGAGUUCGCAGCAGAAAAAUUGAACAUCAAAGUAUACAAUAGUAACAAUAGAGGUGGUUUACCAUCAAAAGAAGACGAGCGCAGGAUACAUAAAAUACAAGAAGAACAUAAGGAAUUUUUGCAAAUACCACGAAGGCCAAAAUGGAAUGCAACCACUACUGCCGAACAACUUGAUCAAAUUGAAAAAGAAGAAUUCUUGGCUUGGAGGAGAACAUUAGCUGAAAUAGAAGCAAAUGAUGAUUUGAUUAUUACACCAUUUGAACGAAAUUUGGAAUUUUGGCGUCAGCUGUGGAGAGUGAUUGAACGAAGUGAUGUUGUGGUACAGAUAGUUGAUGCCCGUAAUCCUUUGCUGUUUCGAUGCGAGGAUCUUGAAAAUUAUGUGAAAGAAGUGAACAAGAACAAAGUUAAUGUGUUGUUGAUAAAUAAGGCAGAUUUCCUGACACAGGCUCAAAGAGAAUCUUGGGCUGCCUUUUUCAAAAGUGUCAAUGUCAAAGCAAUCUUUUGGUCAGCAGUAUUUGAGACAGAGAGGCUAAAGAAAUUGAAUGCUUUUCUAAAGGAUGAAGAAGGUAAUGGAGGGCAUAGUUUUGAAGCUAACUUACAUAUUCAACAACUGGAAGAUGACAAUAUUAGCGAGGAAAGUGAAAAUAGUGAUACUGUUGAUGAAGAGGAUGUAGACGUAGAAUUUCCAGCUAUGCAGAAGAAAUCAACUGAUAAUUUGGGAAAUGAAAGUUUAAGAAAUGAUUUGGUGGAGAAUGCAGCUCUUCAGAUAAAUGAUGUACGAAAAAAUAUUGAUAAGAAAGACUUUGAUGAUGAAACAAUGGAACCAAAGAAUUGUGUCAAAAAUGAUGUUAGAAGUCUACCUACUAAAUUUUCGCGUGAAAGUGUUAAGGAAGCAGAAUAUCUUGAUUGUUCAAACUCAUCUGAGACUGUUGAUAUUGAUGAUGAAAUUGAAGGAAAGGAUCUUUUAAAAACUAUUGAAAAAUGUAACGAUGUCCUUCAUAUUGCUGGACGAAAUGCUGACUUUUACACAAGUGGUCAUUUGUUAACUGGUGAUGAACUUCUUGCUUAUUGUCAAUGGUUACAUCAUGAUAUCAAUGAUCAACAGGUGGUAGUGAAGGAUAUUAAGGAACAUCAGACUGUGAUUGGAUUGGUUGGUUAUCCAAAUGUUGGUAAAAGUUCAACAAUCAAUGCUAUUUUACAAUCAAAAAAAGUUCCCGUUUCAUCUACUCCGGGACGAACAAAGCACUUUCAAACUCUGAUGGUGGACAAGACAAUUUGUUUGUGUGACUGUCCUGGUCUUGUUUUUCCAUCUUUCGUAUCAACAAAGGCGGAAAUGGUCAUCAGUGGAAUUUUGCCAAUCGAUCAACUCAGAGAUCAUGUUCAACCAAUUGCAUUGGUAUGUGAACGUAUACCACGCUACAUAUUUGAGACAGUGUAUGGUAUAAAUCUUAAUAAACCAGAGGAGUGGGAAGAGCAAGAGAGAUCACCUUAUCCUGAAGAACUGCUCAAUGCUUAUGGAGAAAGCCGUAGUUUUAUCACUCGACAAGGAAGAUCAGAUGCACCACGCUCUGCUAGAUAUAUCUUGAAAGAUUAUGUGAAUGGCAAACUACUGUAUUGUCAUCCUCCUCCUAAUAUUGAUGAGAAAGAAUAUCAAGUAUCGUUUACAGCAGAUGUGAAAACUGUGAAAAAAAGACCUUUGAUUUCUAACAAGAAGCAAAGCAAUAAGAACGGAAACGCAGUUGAUAAUGAUUUUUUUCAACAGUCCGAAGUAAAUUCUCACGUGACGGCAACUACGGGAACCCAUGAAUAUCGCAGGCUCUUGCAAAUUGCGAAGGAUGAUCCAAACAUGAUGGUUGUUGGAAAACCAUGGAAAAAACAUGGAAAUAAAAACAAAAGAGAGAAACUAAGACGUUUGAAACCAAAUGAUUAUUGAACAAAUAUAUCCUUCUUUUUUACAACUUUGAAUAUAACGACAAAUAAAACGUUCAUUUUAGAAA